GGGCAGUUAAACCGAGAGUAAACAAGAAACCUUAUUAUUAAAAUCAAAUCUAAAUAAAUUAACGAUGGUAUGAGGGUAAAUAUGUUCUACUAGAGAUAGAGCAGAAUGAUGAUUCAAUCCGUUCCGCCCUGAAAAAUGAGAUAAUUUCUUUAUCGUAUGUCAACAACCUUGUACAUGAUUGUGUUUCCUCUCUUGAGAGUUUCAUGAAGUCGCCGUGCCAUAUAUUAAUAUGCGUCGUUGUAGCGAAUACACAUUUUUCAAAAGCUACUCUCUCGAUAAGUAUCCACAUUUAGCUAUCUAUAUACAUAUACACAUAUACACCACAGUGAGUGAAAAAUGGCCGCCAACGUGAGAACAGACAUGCGAAUUCCCACGCGGGCGGCCCCUAGAUCUCCUAGUAAUUCCGUCGUACAAAGGAAUGCAGUCUGGCGAACGAACAAUGAUCUGUUUGGAGUUUCAUUGAUGCAACAACCUGUGCAAAAGAAAAAGCCACCACCCCGUCCACCACCUCCAAAGUUUCCUCCAACAUAUACUGAAAAUCAAAAUGGUCAAAAACCAAAAAAACCAGCGAGACCAACGGAAGUCCUGACCAGUCUCUUUGGCCGAAAAGCAACAAAAUCCCAGCGGACGAAUGUAGAAUACUCAUACAGCCGUUCACAAGCUUCCAUCUUACAACCGUCAAACGUAUCGAAUGGAACAGUUUCUUUAAUAGAUCUAAGUCCUCCAGGAUCGCCAACAUUCACAACGCGUUCAAAUAGUGAUGGUGUCAGCGUCGAUAGUUUUGGUAGCGACGGAAACUCAAAUCCAUCCGUAAUCACAAGUAGCGGCAACACAUCUCAAACCGAAAGUGCCUUUGAGGAUGAUUUUGACUUUUUCUGUGGCAUCACGAAUCAAAAAGUUGCUCAAAACGAUCCAUGGAAGAUUAAUACAGUUCAGGAUCCCUUUUCUUCUCACCAAAUUUCGAAUAGCAGCAGCACCAAUUCUAAUACUGUCAAACAUGUUGGAGAAGCAUCUUUUUUUACGUUUAACAAUGAUAAUUGUACAAUGAAUGAAGUGCCUUUUAAUCAACCGUCAUCGAACAUGACCCAGUUGACGCCAACGAUAAUACGUGCAAAGCCAGUGAAGCCACCUGCGCCUAGGUCAAUACAGAAGAAUUCUUCGUCCAACGUCGAUGAAUUCGCUAUUAAACCUAUUCCUUUGCCUCGAUCUGUAGUGCCUUGUGAACCAGUGACAUUAGACUUCAAUAGUGCCUGGAAUGAUGAUUUAACGGAUGAGCCGUCUCCUCCUAUGCCUUCAAUACCACCACCAGCACCACCAACAGAAUUUUUAAAGGAUCUCGAGCAAGGAACCAUAGGGAACAAUGAAAGUCCGCACGGGAUUGCACUGUACGACUUCAACGCAACUCAACCUGAUGAUCUUGCAUUGAAGGAAGGCGAUAUCGUUAUCCUAAUAAAAGCUAUCAAUGAUGACUGGAUCGAAGGACGAGUUGGGAAUCAACAAGGAAUAUUUCCAGCUAAUUUUAUAGAUGUCAAAGUGCCAUUACCAGGACUAUCAAGAAAUGUGGUAAAUGCUCUGUAUACCUUCAAAGGAGAGACGUGGGAAGAUUUGUCAUUCGUGGAAGGUUCUAGAAUAACGAUAUUGUCCAGGAUAUCAGACGAUUGGUUAUACGGCGAAUGCAACGGAAAACGGGGUCAAUUUCCAGCAAAUUAUGUUCACAGGGUAUCAAUUAAUCUCCCAAAUUAUUCUUGAAUACCGUUUCCUGCUACACAUUUGAGAGGAUCUGUCAAAAUAUUUGUAACAUUUACAUUGUAAACGAUUUGUACUUCCAUUUGAAGUUAUUGAUUUUUGCGGAUGAGGGCGACCAUAACGAUUAUUUUUAAUCUAUAACAAAGGAGGUUGCGUAAACUUUUUGAAACAACCUUUUUAAUGUUCUGUAUUGUAAUGCAGUCAAAGGCCUCGUUUGUGUCCAAGUGGGUUUUGAAACAAACUACAUGUCAUACUUAUAACUAAUACUGAAUAUUACAUUAGAAUUGUAUUUAUUCUCAUUAAUUGUCAAGUCGUGAUGUCUCUUUAUCAAAAGAUUUACAAUUGCCCAUUGUCAAUAAAUUAUUCUAGCAUUGCUGCAGGAAGGGUAAAUUGUAAAUAUUAAAUGUGCUAAUAUGAAAUUAGCUGAAUUACAUUACGUGUAACGACAUAAUUAAGUGCUUCCUGUAGACUCAUGUUAGUUUUUUAACUAAUAGUAAUGAAAUCUAAAAACUACUUUUAGCUGAUAUUUCUACAUAUCGUCAGAAUUCGUUUCCAAAUUUUCUCUGGCUUAACCUACAUUCACAAACGGAUUUUUCAUAAUUUCCUAUAGGAAAUGUGUUUAAAGUCCUAAUCAAAUCUGAUACAACCUAGUAUCGCAAUUUCUUCAUUUCAAUAUUUAUUUUUGAAAUAGCAAAUGCAGUAGCAGAAUAUAUAAAAUAAUUUAUUUUUAAACUCGUUUGCAUAGAAAAUGCUUAAAUGGGAAUAUAAUUCACAUUGGCAAUAAGAUAAAAAGUUUUUUACACAGGAAGAUUAAUGAAACGGACAUCAGUUCAAUUUACUUAUAUUAGUUGAUUUCCGAUAGUUUUUUUUUUCAUAGCCUGUCCAACUUUUAAUAACUAUUACUAUUCGUUUAAUUUAUAAAUAAUAUGUUUCAAUAAAUAUUAGUAAAUUUAACUCCUGAAUAUUCUUAUGAAAAGGCUCUGUAAUUAUAUUCUCGAUUAUGUGCACUUUCAGCGUGAGGCACAAUGACAGAAUGAAGUAUCCAAUUAUUACGUUUGUGUAUAUUUUGUUAAAGCAUCUGAUCGUUUUGUGCCUUUGGUAAUAUUCGCACUUACAGAUUUUUCGCCUUUUUAUAGUUACCAUGAUAAGCGUAACAUUAAUCGAAUUAUUGAUAAUGCAUAAUUGUAAUAUUUAAGGAUCUUAUUUAUAUUAAUUUUAUUAGCAAAUCCAACGUUAUAUCUAAUAGAGAUGAAUUUCCCCUGUAUAUAUAUAACUAAUUUAAAAUUCCAUUAAUAUGUGCCUGUAAACGAUGUGUGAUAAUCGAAUUUAAAAAUGCGAUUAAAUGAUGCAAGUGCUUCAUUUCUUUUGAGAAAUUUA